AAAAUCAAAAAAAACCAACACAACAACAUACAACAAAUGGCUCACAUUGAUAUCUGCGGAAAAUUCGGUGCUGAAUUGGACAAGACUGUCGAAAUGAUGGUUGCUAGAGGAAAGGGUCUCUUGGCUGCUGAUGAAUCUACUUCUACCAUUGGCAAGCGUUUCGAAAAGAUUCAAUUGGAAAAUAUUGAAGCUAAUCGUCAAGCUUACAGAGAAUUGCUCUUCACUGCACCAAAGGAAUACACUCAAUUCAUUUCUGGUGUUAUUUUGUAUGAAGAAACCUUGUUCCAAUCUACUCUCAGUGGUAAGGCCUUUGCUGAAUUGUUGACUGAAAGUGGUGUCGUUCCAGGUAUUAAACUCGAUUUGGGUGUUAAGGAAUUGCCUGGCACUGAUGGUGAAACUGCCACUCAAGGUUUGGAUGAUUUGGAAAAGAGAAUUCAAAAGUACUAUGCUAGAGGUGCUAGAUUUGCCAAGUGGAGAGCUGUUUAUAAGGUCUCUGAUAAUGGAUUGCCAUCUCAACUCUGUGUUGCUCAAAAUGCUGAAACUUUGGCUAGAUAUGCUGCUAUUUGUCAACAAAAUGGUUUGGUUCCUAUUGUUGAACCAGAAAUUUUGGUUAUGGAAGGAUCACACAAUAUUGAAACUUCUUUGAAUGUUACCAAGAGAGUUUUGGCUUCUGUUUUCCAAGCUUUGAUUCAACACAAUGUUAACUUGAAUAGAAUUAUUUUAAAGCCUAACAUGGUCUUGCCAGGUAACAAUUCUCCAACUAAGGCUGAAGAUGAUAAGAAGAUUGCUGAAUACACUAUUGAUGCUUUGACUUCCACUGUCCCACCUGCUGUUAGAGGUAUUAUGUUCUUGUCUGGUGGUCAAUCAGAACAACAAGCUGUUGAAACUUUGAAUGCCAUCAAUAAGGUUAAUGCUCCAAAGCCUUGGGCUAUCUCAUACUCUUAUGGUAGAGCUUUGCAAGAUUCUACUAUUAGAACUUGGGCUGGUAAGAAGGAAAAUGUUGAAGCUGCUCAAAAGGCUUACCUUGAACAAGCUAAGAAAUGUUCUUUGGCUGCCAAGGGUGAACUCUAAAUUAUUUCUAACUUAUUAAAAAUUCUCUUUAACUUGAU